UGGUCUCACGGAGGUCAUGGUGUUUUGUAGGAAAAAAGGGGGAGGAGAAUUUCAGAGGGGAAAAAAGGUUCCGCUGCCAAGUUCAGGGCCCUUAAAAUUGAGGCGUUAGCUGAGCAGGUUUCAGACUUCAUCUCAGGCAUUUAGAAUCACAGAAGCAACUGGUGACGUUUCCGAUUUUGCAGCCGAAACAGUCCGACUGACUGAAUGGAGACAUUUUAAUAGUGUGAAUGAGCUCUUCAGGUUUUUAUUGAUUACUAAAGCUUCGUCAUGCUGGGAAUCUAAAUUUGCAGCAGCUCCUGCUCUCCUCCACGGCAUAGGUGGGGCAACCAUGUCCUCCAGCUCAGCAGCCAGUGAUGGGGAGGACUACGAGACACGUCACAGAAGGACAAUCACCACUAUGGAUCGGGGCAAGAAACUCAACACCUACAACCCCAGCAGGUUCUCGGACGAGGACCUGAAGGACGCGGGCAGGAAGACAGAGCAAGAGGGCAAACUGUCCAAGGUGCAGCAGAAGGAGUCGCGGCAGAUGCAGAGGAACGCAGCCAACGCCAGAGAGCGAGCUCGGAUGAGAGUCCUGAGCAGGGCUUUUUGCAGGUUAAAAACCACCCUGCCGUGGGUGCCGGCGGACACAAAACUGUCCAAACUGGACACGCUUCGACUCGCUUCGAGUUACAUCUCUCAUCUGAGGCAGCUGCUGCAGGACGACACACUGGAGGACGGCUUUGCACACCCAGUCAGUCUGACUUGGCCUUUUAUGUUGGCAGGGCGAACGGAUGACAACCAGGACAUGUCUUCCACUGUCAGACUCUGUGGAGCAACUGCGUAGGACACCACCUCUGCUGCAACAUCUGUCCCCACAUGGACUCCAAAAACUAUUAAAUAAACAAACAAAAGACUAUGAUUUAAAGGACCCCACAUAGAUAACAAACAUAUCUUUGCUGUUGUUUAUUUUAUGGUGGUACCACUUUUCAUUUAGAUUUCACUUAAAAAAAAAGCCUGCCUUUUGAUUUUAUGGA